AGGGCGCGAACUUGCAUUGUGAGCGUCGGUUAGCUAGUACUGCGCAGCGCCGGGCUGGUCGGCCCUCAACUCGGCUAGAUGCUAACUUCUAUCCGAAAGAAGGGAGAGCAAGGGAUUGGAACGCCGGCGCCCCGGCUGUAGGUCCCCAGAGCUCGAUCUGCCCGCGAAAAGCCAGCGUUCUCUGUCUGGUUCCACUGCUCCCUGUGGAGCUCACGGCCAGCCCUCGGUCUUGGUUGCAAAGUGUGUGGGAAAAGAUGUGGGGCGCAGCUCCAGGUUCUAGAGAACCAGAGCCCCAGGGCAGGAAGGCCAGAGCCAUUCCCCCCCUUUGGAAUCGCUACGUCCCUUCUUGAGCCCACGUGAGAGCAGAUUGGAUUACUGGGACCUCGGGGUCUUGUGUAGAGCUGGUGAGGGUGAGACAAGCGCGUUCUGCCUUAGAACUUGAAGGGAAAGAAAAGGUUGCUCAGUGAUCCCACUUGCUGUUGCAAACUAAAGACUGGCGUGUGCGAGUCUAUAGGUGAGAGGAGGGGCUUGGGCCUCUGGGCCACGAACGGAGUAUGCCAUUCAACAUUUUGCUACGCGAUGGAACUUUACAGUACGACAAGUGAAAAUAUAAGUGGGCAAAAUAGUCUUCCUGGACUGAGAGAGCACAUUCUCCUGUCUUAAAGCUUCUUAACCACAGGCUGCAGCGUGGGAAAAGUUCCCACGGUAGUUCUGCUGAGACUCCAAAGCCAAGCUCUCAGGCUGGAGGGAAACACCUCGCGAGAGGGUGCGGGAGCCCCGCCCCCGGAGAGCCCGCCCCCCUGCAGGGGACCGGAAACCCUCUGCCUAGGCCGGAAGUAUUGCUGACUUGGCGCAUGUGAGCCGCAGCAUGGCGGCGCACCGAUCUGGCCCGCUGAAGCAACAUAAUAAAGCUCAUAAAGGCGGGCGGCAUCGGGGUCGAGGAUCCGCACAGCGGGACGGCAGAGGCCGCGUGGAACUGAAAGUCCUGUGCAAGAAGGUGAGAAAAGAGCUCAGCAGAGUAGACCAGAGGCAUCGCGCCGGCCAGCUCCGAAAGCAGAAAAGGGAGGCGGUUCUGGCAGAGAAGAGACAGUUAGGCAGCAAAGAUGGGGCUCCUCAUCAGGUGCUGGUGGUGCCUUUGCAUAGCAGAAUUUCCUUGCCUGAAGCCCUUCGCCUGCUUCAGGAUAGGAACACAGGGACAGUGCACCUGCAGGAAUGGGAGAGCACACACCGCUUUAUGAUGCUGUGUCCUCGAUUGAAACGUCGGUGGUUUUUUACAGCUGCAAAGCCAGGGGAUCUGCAUACUGUAUUAGACAUGGCUAAAGUGGCUGAUACCAUCCUAUUCCUCCUUGAUCCAGUAGAAGGCUGGGACAGCACUGGGGAUUACUGCCUUUCCUGCCUCUUUGCUCAAGGCCUUCCCACCUAUACACUAGCUGUCCAAGGGGUUUCUGGCCUCCCACCGAAGAAGCAGGUAGAUUCCAGAAAGAAACUAAGUAAAGUAGUGGAGAAACGCUUUCCUGAUGACAAAUUCUUCCUGUUAGACACUCAGCAGGAGGCAGAAACGCUGCUUCGGCAGUUGGCUAACCAAAAGCAAAGGCAUCUUGCUUUUCGAGAUCGGCGGGCCUACUUGUUUGCCUACACUGCUGAUUUUGUGCCAAAUGAAGAGAAUAACUUGGUGGGCAUCUUGAAAAUCUCAGGCUAUGUUCGUGGGCAGACUUUGAAUGUAAACAGCUUGAUGCAUAUCGUUGGACAUGGUGAUUUUCAAAUGAAACAGAUUGAUGCCCCUAUGGACCCUUUCCCUUUAAAUCCUAGAGUGAUUAAAUCUCAGAAGGAUCCAGCCAUGGCAGUGGAGGUUUGUGCUACAGAUGCUGUAGCUGAUAUGGAAGAAGACCUUAAGGUCCUAAUGAAGGCAGACCCUAGCAGGCAGGAGUCUUUGCAAACAGAGGCUAUCCCAGACCCAAUGGAUGGGGAGCAAACCUGGCCCACUGAGGAGGAGCUGAGUGAGGCAAAGGACUUGUUGAAGGAAAGUUCCAAGGUGGUAAAGAAGGUCCCCAAGGGAACAUCCAGUUACCAGGCUGAAUGGAUUUUGGAUGAAGGUGGUGAAAGUGGUGAGGAAGGAGAUGACUAUGAUGAUACAGAACAUGAGGAUUUUAUGGAAGAGGAAUCUCAGUAUGGGAGUGGUGAAGAAGAGGAGGAGGAAUGUGAAACUAUGACAGUAGGGGAGUCUGUGCGUGAUGAUCUGUAUGAUGAGAAAAUGGAUGAAGAGGCUGAGGAAAAAAUGUUGGAGAAAUAUAAACAAGAAAGAUUGGAAGAGAUGUUUCCAGAUGAAGUGGACACACCCCGUGAUGUGGCUGCUAGAACUCGAUUUCAGAAAUACAGAGGCCUCAGGAGCUUCCGGACAUCUCCCUGGGAUCCUAAGGAAAACCUUCCUCGAGAUUAUGCUCGUAUCUUUCAGUUUCAGAACUUUACUAAUACUAGGAAACGCAUCUUUAAAGAGAUUGAGGAAAAAGAGGCUGAAGGAGCUGAGGUUGGCUGGUAUGUCACACUUCACGUCUCUGAAGUCCCUGUCUCAGUGGUUGAGGACUUCAGGCGGGGAACACCCUUGAUUGCAUUUUCUUUGCUACCUCAUGAACAGAAGAUGUCAGUAUUGAACAUGGUGGUGAGCCGGCACCCUGGCAACACUGAACCUGUGAAAGCCAAAGAGGAAUUGAUUUUCCAUUGUGGAUUCAGACGUUUCCGAGCCUCACCUUUAUUCUCUCAGCACACUGCAGCGGAUAAACACAAAUUUCAGAGAUUUCUGACUGCUGAUGCAGCCUUGGUGGCAACAGUAUAUGCACCAAUUACUUUUCCUCCUGCAUCUGUGCUUCUUUUCAAGCAGAAAAGCAAUGGAAUGCACAGCCUCGUUGCUACAGGAUAUCUAUUGUCAGUGGAUCCGGACAGAAUGGUCAUCAAGAGAGUUGUCCUGAGUGGUCAUCCCUUCAAAAUUUUUACUAAGAUGGCAGUAGUGCGGUACAUGUUCUUCAGUAGGGAGGAUGUCCUGUGGUUUAAACCAGUGGAACUGAGGACAAAGUGGGGCCGCAGGGGACACAUCAAAGAGCCUUUAGGUACCCAUGGCCACAUGAAGUGUACUUUUGAUGGGAAGCUAAAAUCUCAGGACACAGUACUGAUGAACCUCUAUAAACGAGUUUUCCCCAGAUGGACUUAUGAUCCAUAUGUACCAGAACCAGUAUCUUGGGUGGACAGUAAGAUUUCUUCAACAAUGCCUGAAGUGGACAUGGAAUAAUGGAUUUUGUCUUACUCCUGCCAGUUAGCACUUCCAGGAUGGGAGCCUAUAGAUUGUGAUAGAGCCUAUAGUCUGUGGUUUUUGCUUUAGCCUGUCUCUUAGUUGUCCUAUUUACAGAACGCUUUUUGGCCUAACAAAUGUCUCAGUUAAGUAUGGAAGUUUUUCUACUACAACUUAAUUUUAAAAACCUA